UAAUGACCUCUGCAGGAACUCCGAAAGCUAUCGAUCUAUCUCAUCAUCUUAAUAAACUCAGUCUCUCAAGGGUGGCCAGCCCUUUGAAAGAUAUCAUCAAGUAUAUGCAUGAGCCCGGAAUGAUUAGUCUUGCAGGAGGAUUGCCCAACCCAAGCCUCUUUCCGUUCGGCGAAUUAAGAGCCAGAGUAUACGCGCCGGAAACUGAUUUGCGGUCCAGCGAAGAACAUUGCUCACCGAUUGAGUUCUCCAUCCCCAAAAACGCGUCUCCUUCUCACAAGAACACGCUUUCGGCAGCUCUUCAGUACGGAUCGUCAUAUGGCUCCGCUAGGCUGUCGUCCUUCAUUAGGGAGUUUACUUCCCAUGUGAUGACUCCAGGAUACUCUGACUUUGAAAUUCUCUUGCACUCUGGAAAUACCGAUGCUUGGAAUAAGGUCGUCAACAUCCUAUGCGAAUUCGGAGAUUACAUACUAGUAGAGGAACAUACCUACCCUUCUUCACAGGCGCUAUGGGCACCGAUGGGAUGCAAAGGUGUCCCUAUUCCGAUUGACAAAGACGGUCUGAUUCCUGAGGCAUUGGAACUCGUGUUGAAGAACUGGGACCAGACUUUUCCCAGAAUAAAGAAACCUCAUCUUUUAUAUCUGGUUCCCGUAGGUCACAAUCCCACCGGUGCAACGCUUACACUAGAACGCAAAAAGGCAAUUUACAAAAUUUGCGUUGAAUACGAUAUAAUCAUCUGUGAAGAUGAUCCGUAUUAUUUUCUCCAAUUUCCGCCAUACGUCUUGCAGUCUCAGCGAACGCAGGAAGAGUCUGGGACGGCGCCCUCGGACAUUCCUGUCGAACACCCCAAUUCAAGCUCCGAGCUUGAUGGGCAGGCUUAUGUCAAUAGCCUGAUUCCGACCUUCCUUUCCCUCGAUGUGCAAGGGAGAGUGAUCAGGCUUGACACUUUCAGCAAGACACUCGGUCCCGGGAACCGUCUGGGGUAUUUUGUUUGCAAUCCCCUAUUCGCUGAGCGGAUUCUCCGAGCUACGGAGGUGACUACACAAGCACCGUCUGGACUAUCUCAGGCUCUCAUUGAAGAAUUACUGAUAUCUUGGGGACAAGAAGGAUACUUGCGAUGGUUAUCGGGAUUGAGGGACAGCUAUACCUCUCGAAGAGACUGGAUGUGUGACCUCAUCGCCAAAUACUUUGACCUAGUCCCCUCACCAGCAAAUAUCGUGGAUGACGUCGUUGCUGUGCAGAAGGGUCACGGCUCGACCAAAGACGCUGUGCCAUAUUUUAGCUUUAGUUUUCCAAAGGGUGGUAUGUUUGCCUGGAUUGAAUUAUACCUCCCAAGUACCUCGACGUAUCAAAAUAUGAAAGCUACCUCUCCAUCGAACGAAAACGCAACAGCCAAGUGGGCCGAGGCGUUUUGGAUGGAUUUGAUAAAGGAAAAGGUCCUACUUACCCCUGGCUCGUACUACACCCCGAUCAUUGGCAGUGGUAUCAACGAGCGUAUGCCUCUAGAGCCUGACGUGAUAUUCUUCCGGUUGGCUUUUUCGUUUGAAACGAGAGAGGAAAUGGAGGUUGGUAUCGAGAGAAUGGCAAACGUAUUCGAGAGAUGGUGGUCAUAAUGUAACUCAGUAUAAACGAACAAUUUGUAAAGAACAAUGCAAUAACUUCGGAUUGAUCGCCUAAGAUGAAUGACAAUGUAGAGUUGCGCAGGCACUCGAUCGACAGUCAGUCUAAGUGUAGUUGAGUCAUCCAAACAAUUUUCAGAACUCUCCAUUACAAGUACAUCUGCCAGUGGGGAGGAG